UAAGAAACGUUGAUAUUUGUAGACGUGGGAAAAAUAUAUAUAAUUCUUGAUUAUAUUAUCUUUAAUAACACAGCUUUCGAUACACGAUUCAUAACACUUCGCUCGAUACAAUUUAUUCCCAAAGUAACCUCCAAUUCGAAUUUAUACUCCAACUUUACUUGUUUCUUUACUAUGUGACACUAUAAAACAAAAAAAGGAGAAAAAUCAAUCAUAACUAUAACAAUAAUUUGACAGCUUUAGAAAAACGAUAAUUAGAGGCAAUAUUUUUAAAAUAAAUAAACAUCAACUAAUUCUAUCGUAACAAAAUAUUGACUUCGGCCUGCAUGCUCUAUCUCCGUCCGUCUUUCGAAAUGAGACAGUGAUGGCUGAGCGCUCGUGCCAGACGGACCUGUACUACGUGUCCCCAAAACAAAUAUAAGAUUUAGUUAUAAAAACUGUUCUGUGUUGUGUGUCCUAGCACCUAGCUAGCUAGCUAGUUGUGGCUAGUGUGUGUUGUGUGUAUACCGUGUGCACCAAAACCUAUAAUGGGUAACAAGCAACUCAUUAAAAAGAAGACAUCUCGAAAAAGACAACUCAGAAGAUUCCAACAAACAAUGGAACAAACGAAAAGAAGAAAAUUGGAUAAUUUCACAGCCGAAGAUGAUACUAUAUCUUUAGACUACAUCGAACUGCAAAAUAUGGAAAUGGAAUCUCCGAUUUCAUCAAAGUUGAAAGUCAGUCAAAAUAACGAUGAGGCGACCAGCUCAAACAUUUUGAACCCACGCAUUGCACAGGUGGAUGACACUUAUCGGGUUCCUAGUCUAUUAGAGGAAGAAGAUACCCAUGAGUUACAAAUAUCGUUCGAUUUGGAAGAAGAGCUUCCUGACAAAACCGUCGGUCGAAGAAUUGUUGCAAUUAGUAAUUUUUUUACAAAAUUACAAUCGAUUUGCAAUCAUGGACCCUUACGCUACGUCUUACUUUUCAGAUUUUUUCCUCUAUACGAGUAUACUCCUAAUGGUCUACCUGCCAAAUAUCAAGAAGGUUAG